ACCAAACUAAAAAAAAAUUAAAUAAAAAAAAAAAUAAAUAAAAAGAAAAAAAAAUUAACUUACAUUAUCCGGUUAGAGAUUUCAGAAACCUCUAAAACUGGAAUCUGAAUAGGUCUAGGCCUAUAUUCUUCAUCCCAAUUUUCGUUCCCUGUAGGUUCUUUCCCCGAAUUUACAUUUAUUGGGAUGUGAUAGGCUGCUAGCUUAGAAUUAACUGUGACCAAAUAGAAGAUAAGCCAUUGUUUUAAACAAAGGGGAGGCGUAACAAAGAAUUAAGAACGUUCCAACAAUAAGAAGCGCGCCUAAGGAAGAUAAUUAAAUAUUGACUGAAGACGGAAUUUAAUUGUUAGAUGGAUCUCAAGGCGAGAAGACAGUGCAUCAGUAAGUUGGUAGUAUAUUUAGUAGUGAAAAUUCAGUUCUUUUCUAUUCCUAUGUAAGACAGUUGAAACAACCCGGGUAGCAACGUCGGUAAAUGCAUUUGUCACACAUUCCGGUAAGAGCAAAAACAAGAACAAUCAUACUUUAUGAUUUCAGUGGUUGAUUCCUCUACUGGAAAAACAUCGGCGUUAAAAAACACAAAACUUUCCCAGCCACCGUUCUCAGAGAUCCAAUCACCAAACCUUUCAAUAGCGAAUUCACCGGUAUAUUUCUUGAGUUGAAAAAUUUCGUUCUCGCUCUUUCCCUUCGCUAUUAAAGCGCAAAAAAGAUACAGAAUCAUGAUGCGACUCCAGUUAAUUUCUUCUCCGGCAAACUUUUCUUUCAAGCGUGUGAUAAGCUGAUCGGGACAGAAACUGCUAAACGUUGACAAUUCAGGAAUAUAUUCUUUUUCUAUUUGGUCUGUUAUACGAAUAACAACAAACAGCAACGUACGUCAUUAUUCGUCUUCAACGUGCUAGGACUGUCAUUAGAAAAUCCCGCUAUGUGUCACCAGUUUGAAAACCCCGCUAUGCGUCAUCAGUCAACUUAUAAUUUUUGGAACACACGAGAGAUCAUCAGAUAUAUUGAUAAUUGGGAAAAAGUUUAUUGAAGGAUGUUCUUACAAACCAAUAUCUAAAAAUGCAAGGGAAUUUACAAAAUAAUGUUGCAUUCUACAGUGGCAAAUAUAUGCCUGUUAACCAACCAAUGGCAUCAAUGAUUAAUGGUUACAGUGUUGUGCCACAGAUACCAGAUUACAGAAACUCUAUAAACAGUAGUUCAUUCAGUUGGAACAACAACCCAGGUCUUGGUGUUAGAGGCAUUGUUCAUAAUGGAUUGCAAUCAUAUGUUAUGCCGCCAUCACAUAAUGGAGCAACUGUUACCAAUCAGUCGUUCCACGAAAGAAUGUUAUCCAGAAUUCAAUAUAUGCAGAGUGGUGUAAAAUACCAAGCAAACAACUAUGUUGAUGACACUCAUCAGGUUUACCCUCAUAGCAGUAUUAAUGUCACAAGACCUGCCAUGAAUUCUCAGCAACAUGCCAUGUUGAGGUAUUCUUACAUGCCAAGAAUUAUUAACACGCAAAGUUUAAAUCCGGUUGAACUUGGAAAAGCAGAAUUUGAGAAAGCUAUGCUGAUGAAAGGACCGAAGGGACACUGUUUUUCUAAGGAACAAGUUGAAAUAAGUACUAUGAAGUAUUCAUCAUCUCUGUACCACAAUUUAAAUUCUGAAAGCCAAAAAUAUACAGGAUCACUGGAGGUAAAUUCAGAUCCUAUUCCAGAAACAAAGUCUAAUGCCAGAUCUCAGAGUGUUGUGCCAAUAAUAGUUGAUGUCAGAAGUCUUGCUCCUGACCCUGAAACUAAAGUUUCAUUAUGCAGUAAUUCUGAAGAUUUUGUUAAACCUAUGCCGGUGUCAUCAAAACAAGUUGUUAUGGAAUUACCGAAGGGAAAUAGUCAAAAACAACCAGAUAUAAGCAAUGUUAUGCCAAAAGUAGAGUCAGUGUGGAGUAUUAGUCCUGACAACACAUCAGUUUCACUCUGUCAGGUCAACAGUGCCUAUAAUGGCAAUGAACUCAUAUCCAGUUUUCCUGUCAGACACCAAAAAAACACUGUUCAACAUACAGAGAGCCAUCCUAAUUCAGGUAUAACCAUAUCUACUAACCUGAAUCCUAUAGUAAGCUCUACAACAUCAGAUAAAUCUGAUGUACUUGGAAACAUUGAAAUCAAGCAAAAUGAUGAAAAAAAAAUUGAUUUAUUGCAUGCAAACAAUCUUCAUGUGAAGAGUGAACAAUUGCAUUGGCCUACACAUGAAUACUCGGCAAAAUACCCUUAUAAACAACAGACUUUUAAUGAGAUACUACAAUUUCUUAAAUAUGGUGAGCUGGUACAAAACAACCAGACACCUUGUAAUGCACCUUAUAUUGAGUUGGUACCUAAGUCUGCAGAUGAACACAGUAACAUGCACCCAAACAUCCAUUCUUCUUGUAAUAUAGUUCGAAGUGAAUCAGUACAGAAGUCUGCAGAGGAACAUGGUGUUAAAGUCCCAAUCAGCCAGACAUCCUGUACUAUACCUUGUGGUAACCCAGAACAAGUCAGUCAGACGUCCUGUACUAUACCUUGUGGUAACCAACAGAAGCCUCUAAUUGUACACCAUACAUACCCAGCCAUCCAGAAGUCAUGUAAUGAGAGUAAUAGUGAUGAGAUGGCACAAAAAUCUGCAGAUAAACCCCAUUUAAAAUAUAUGCUCAGCCAGCCAUCUCAAAUUGAACCUGUACCGAAGCCUGCAGAUGGGCAUAAUGCUAUAUAUCCAACCAUCCAGACUUCAUACAAUGCAGGUUGUAGUGCAUCAAAACAGGAGUCUGAGAAUGAACAUCAUGCAAAAUACUCAAACAUUCAUAUAUCUUCUAACAUACGUUGUAGUGAACUGGUACAAAAGUUGACAGUAUACCCAAACACCCAGAUUUCAUGUAAUUUAAGUCGUACUGAGCAGGGACAGAGACUUUCAGGUAAACAUAAUGCUCAGAAGUCUACAGAUGAGCAUUUUGCAGAACAGCCAAUCAAGCAGAUGUAUGCAGAUGAACACUGUGAAAAAUACUCAAACAGUCAGAAGUUAUGUAAUGUAACUCUUAGUGAGCCGGUAGUAAAGACUGCAGAUAAACACUGUACUAAAUACCCAAACAGCCAGAGUGUAUGCAGUGUACCCCAUCGUGAGCUGGUACAAGUGUCUGUAGAUGAAUGCUAUUCAAUAUAUGCAUACAACAAGACACCUAAUAAUCAACCAGUACAGAAGUCUGCAGAUGAUCAUUCAAUAUACCCCAAGAAGACAUCCUGUAAUGAACCCAUACAGAAAUCUGCAGAUGAUCAUUCAGUAUACCUCAACAAGACAUCAUGUAAUGAACCCGUACAGAAAUCUGCAGAUGAUCAUUCAAUAUACCCCAACAACAAGACAUUGUGUAAUGACCCUGUACAGAAAUCUGCAGAUGAUCAUUCAGUAUACCCCAACAAGACAUCGUGUAAUGAACCCGUACAGAAAUCUGCAGAUGAUCAUUCAAUAUACCCCAACAACAAGGCAUCCUGUAAUGAACCUGUACAGAAAUCUGCAGAUGAUCAUUCAAUAUACCCCAACAACAAGACAUCCAUUAAUGAACCCGUACAGAAAUCUGCAGAUGAUCGUUCAAUAUACCCCAACAAGAAGUCAUCCUGUAAUAAACCAGUACAGAAGUCUGCAGAUGAACUUUAUAAAAAAUACCCACAGCUAUUAGAAGAACCUAAUGCAAACACCAUUUUUAGGUGGGAUAAGAUGCAAAAACCACCAGCUACACAGCUUGCAAAUAACUUAACAAAUGAUUUGAAAAGGCCUGUGCAAAAUUUGUCAGAUGCAUCACAUGCAAGUAAUCUUGACACCAGCAUUAACAGCUGUGGUCCAAUGAAGAAUCUUCUUAAUAUGUCACCAGAAAAGGAUGGACAUAAUGAUGAUGCUAAGUGCAACAAACCAAAGAAUUAUUCAAAUCUGUGUACAAAUGGUCGACUAAUGAGUUCACUGGAUAUCCUAUAUAAAAAACAAUCAAUGAAUUCAUCAGUUUUUAGAGAUGGAGAUGGUAAACCAAGUCAGUGUUCAUCAGAUCUAAUUCAUGCAGAUAAUUCAAAUACAGAGUUAUCCAGUGAGGAUUGUAGCUUAAUGAAGAAUCCAUCAGACUUACCACAGGUGACUGAUUUACAUACACAAAAGGGCAAGAGCAUGGUAAUGAAUGAUUCAGCCGUUGCCUCUCUUGCAUUAUGCAAAGAGAAGCUAGAUAGCCAUCUGUCAAAUUCAUCUACUCAGUCAACCAACCAUAAGUAUUCUGUGACAAAUGGUAAAAUAACAAAAGUAGCAGACACUUUCAAUUCACAAAAUAAAAUUAUAGAAUGUUCUGCUAAAGGAAAUGCUGAUACAGUUAACAGUCGAGAAUCUGUCUUGUCAACCACAGCUCUUUCAGGCCAUGGCAAAACAAUUACUGACAUUAAGAAAGAACCACAGUCAGAUGAUGGUACAAGUACAAAGUUAUCCAAUGAGGAUUGUAGCUUAAUGAAGAAUCCGUCAGACUUACCACAGGUGACUGAUUUACAUACAAAAAAGGGCAAGAGCAUGGUAAUGAAUGAUUCAGCAGUUGCCUCUCUUGCAUUAUGCAAAGAGAAGCUAGACAGCCAUCUGUCAACUCCAUCUACUCAGUCAACCAACCAUAAGUAUUCUGUGACAAAUGGUAAAAUAACAAAAGUAGCAGACACUUUCAGUUCACAAAAUAAAAUUAUUGAAUGUUCUGCUGAAGGAAAUGCUGAUACAGUUAACAGUCGAGAAUCUGUCUUGUCAACCACACCUCUUUCAGGCCAUGGCAAAACAAUUACUGACAUUAAGAAAGAACCACAGUCAGAUGAUGAAUAUAUAGCACCACAAUUAACAGCAGUUCCCCAAAGUACUAAUGCUCAAAGUGGCUGCAAUUUUAAUCAGAUGUUCAAGGAAAAUAAGUUGAAGAUUAAGAUUUUGAGUGAUGAAGAUAAACAAUUACCAGCUGAUUAUUCAAUUAUAAACAUAAUGACUUGCAGAAAUAAGACUUCAUCAAGACCAAUUCUUUCAUACAGUGAAGGCGAGUCUGUCACACAACUGAUGCAUAAUAUGUUAGCAACAAAUAUGUCUGCUGAUGUUCGAGAUCUCUUCCGGCACAAUCCAAGACAGUCCAAAGGAAAAGAACUAUUUGCUCCUAAUUUGAAAGUAAUUGCAGAAAAACUGCCUUCCGAUUUUGACUAUCAAGUUAGUUUUCCAACAGAGAAUCUAAAAAAUAAUGGAGAGCAUUCAUCCAGAAAAGAUCUCUCUGCUUCUAAUUUAAAAGUGAUUAUUGAAAAGCUACCUGAAUGUCGGGUAGAAUUGUUAAACAUCAGACAUGGAAAUGUGAGAAAACGUAAACGAGAUGAGCAAGAAAUUAAUUUCCAUCUCAAAGAAGAAAUAUCAAAAAUGAAAAUGUGUAAGAAAAAUUUAGACAGUAUUAAUACAACAUUACCAGGUGAGUUGGUGCCAGGUGAGCAUAAAAGGUGCAAUACUGAUAUGAAAGUUCCAGAAAUGAAAUAUAAAACUAAAAAGAGGUAUCAUUCCUCUGAUGCCUAUUUCAGAAAUACAGGGCAACAACAGGACACCUUAACAAAGGACGUGAACAGCAAACUUUAUAAGAAAUCGUGCUUGAAAAACGUCCAUAAGAGUAUAAAAUGUGAAUAUAAAACCAAAAAAUUACGUCUAUCACCUGGAGCAAGUUUUAUUAGAAGUAGGGAACACCAACAGAAAACCAUUAAAAGGGACAUCAACAGCAAACUUCAAAAGAAAUCUCACUUGAAAGAAAUCCAUGAGAAUCAGCUAAUGAAAUCUGAAGGUGUACCUGGCUGUCAGCUAAAUCAGAAGAAUGUUCCAAUGCAUGCGCAAUACUUACCUACACACUUAGCAGAUGCUGCUUUAACAUCCUCUGAAAAGUCCGUUUCUCCGAAAACACCUCAACAAAUGUGCAUUACAUCCACCAGAAUGCCUAAACCAUACACCACCAAAAAUACUAAUAGAGAACAUACUGUAGAGGUUACAAAUUACGACCCUAAAGAAUCAAAAUAUAUACAUCAUUUUAAAAAUCUAAUUAAAAAGUAUAAUUCUGAGAAAAAGCAGGACCAAGAAUCUACAAGUUGUGUGCGCCAAAAGGCAGAGAUGUCGGAGGGUGUUAAAGGAGCCUUGGAAAAUUCAAAGAUGAAAACUAUCACUAAAACAACAGAUGCCUUGCAACCGCCAUGUGUUCAAGAUCACAUACCAGGCAAAAGAAAGUAUGAAAUGGAAACCCCUGCCCAGGGGCUGGUGAAACACUCAUUCAACGGUGUUCAAAUACCUUGCAUCACCAGGUACGACAAGGCAUUUCUACCUCUUAAUCUCAUCCACAGGUGGUUUUUUGUUAGGGAACCGCUCAUCAAGUUUAGACGUGUACUUCAAGAAUUGCACAUACAUAAACGGGAAAUGUCAGUGGAUGAACAGAAAAUGUUGGAGCCAAUCCUUAAGAAGUACAGUAUAAAAAGUUCCAAAUUAAUUAUGUUUUCUGAAUUGGUGCAUAAUUUCGACAAACUGUGUUACAAGUUGAAUUAUUGAUUGUGUUGUAUGAAUACAUUUUGUAGGUCUGGGUACAUUGAAAUAAUUUACACUUAGUCCUAAAAAUGUUUGAAACUGUAGAUUAUGUUUAGUGGCAUUUAUUAAACUAUUGGAAGCAAUAUUUUUUAUAAAUGUGAUCAUUCUUUCUUGUGCCAUAUUUUUCUAUUUUUUUUUGUGUACUGUGCUAUAUAAUGUUACCACUUGAUUACUUUUUAUGUCUUGUUUAUAAAAUUGAAAUACAGUAUUAAACUUAAGCCAAAACCUUUUUCUUAAUUUUGGAUGUUUUAAUAGAUCAUGUUAGUUACAUUUACUAAAGCGCUAAAAGCAAUAUUAUUUAUGAGUGGGAUCAGUCUUUCUUGUGUCAUUUUUUAGAUUAUUUUUUAAGCUUAUACUGUAGUACUGUACAGUAAACUUCUAUGACUUUUAAUGUUAAAUAAUUAUAUUUUAAUCUAUUUUAAAGAUUAACAUAUCACACUCCUGCCAGAACUUUAUUUUAUACUUACAUAACAUUUUAUUUUUUUUGCAUGUGCAGUACAUUUAACUUAUAUUUUGUAUUGGCGUGUUUACCUAUUAGUGUUUUUAUAUGAUGCAUUUUUUAUUUCAAUAAAGAGUUAGUGUUAAGAAAUGUA